AUGCGCUCGCUCAGAGUGAACGGACAAUUCGAAUUGUCCUUCGAUCAGCUCAGUCCGAAGGGCGAUGGGGGACCACAGCAGUCGGGCCAAUCACGUGCAGCACAAUUGCGCGCUCUCAGCGGCCGGGGCGUCCCGAUUUUCCAGUCCGAGCUUGGAAAACCACAUCCUCCCGAUCUUCAACCUCACCACGUCUGCUUGCAGUCCCACACGUACAACCCUCCCUCCCCCCCCCGCUAUUCAUCAGUCCCACGACGCUUCGCCGGUUAUUUCCAAUUGACAGUCGCAAUGGGUUUCGCCGACUUUUUCUCUGACGUCGUCUCCUCCCUGGGCUUCUCCGAGGUCCAGGCUGAGGCUCCCGCCGCCGACGUUGAGUCUUCCACCCCCCAGGACUCCGAGCCCGCCGAGAAGACCGAAGAGACCACUGAGAACAAGUCCGAGGACGCUCCCGAGGAGUCAUCCGAGGAGGCUCCUCAGGAGGAGGAGGCCGAGGCCGAGGAGGAAGAGGAGGAGGAGGAGGAGGAGGAAGAGGAAGAGGAUGAGGAAGAGCCUGAGGACAUUAAGCCCAAGCUCGAGGAGGAGUGCGCCAACUCCGCCCAGUGCGCUCCCUACAAGCACCACUACGAUGAGUGUGUCGAACGCGUCACCCGCCAGCAAGAGGAUGAAGACUACAAGGGCCCCAAGGAGGACUGUGUUGAGGAGUUCUUCCACCUCACCCACUGUGCCACCGCCUGCGCCGCCCCUAAGCUCUGGCGCCAGCUGAAAUAA